AUCGUAAAUCAUGUGAAGAUGGGACUCUUGGUAUUUGUGCGCAAUCUGCUGCUAGCCCUCUGCCUCUUUCUGGUACUGGGAUUUUUGUAUUAUUCUGCGUGGAAGCUACACCUACUCCAGUGGGAGGAGGACUCCAAUUCAGCGGUUCUUUCCUUUGACUCCGCUGGACAAACACUAGGCUCAGAGUAUGAUCGGUUGGGCUUCCUCCUGAAUCUGGACUCUAAACUGGAUCCCAGGGGCUCUCUCUGCACAGUGUUUUUUGACCUUGACUGCAUAUUGGAAUCACCUGGGGAGCCUAAAAAAUUACUGAUGCCUGCAUCCCAUCCUCUAGAGAUUUUGAAGUCUAGAGCGAGGACACAGCCUUUGCAUAGAAUUUUAAAGCUGCCCAGGCCUGCUGAAUUAGCCACUAAGUACGCAAACUUUUCAGAGGGAGCUUGCAAGCCCGGCUAUGCUUCAGCCUUGAUGACGGCCAUCUUCCCCCGGUUCUCCAAGCCAGCACCCAUGUUCCUAGAUGACUCCUUUCGCAAGUGGGCUCGAAUCCGGGAGUUUGUGCCGCCUUUUGGGAUCAAAGGUCAAGACAAUCUGAUCAAAGCCAUCUUGUCAGUCACCAAAGAGUACCGCCUGACCCCUGCCUUGGACAGCCUCCGCUGCCGCCGCUGCAUCAUCGUGGGCAAUGGGGGCGUUCUUGCCAACAAGUCUCUGGGGUCACGAAUUGACGACUAUGACAUUGUGGUGAGACUGAACUCAGCACCAGUGAAAGGCUUUGAGAAGGACGUGGGCAGCAAAACGACACUGCGCAUCACCUACCCCGAGGGCGCCAUGCAGCGGCCCGAGCAGUACGAGCGGGAUUCUCUCUUUGUCCUCGCCGGCUUCAAGUGGCAGGACUUUAAGUGGUUGAAAUACAUCGUCUACAAGGAGAGAGUGAGUGCAUCGGAUGGCUUCUGGAAAUCUGUGGCCACUCGAGUGCCCAAGGAGCCCCCUGAGAUUCGAAUCCUCAACCCAUAUUUCAUCCAGGAGGCCGCCUUCACCCUCAUUGGCCUGCCCUUCAACAAUGGCCUCAUGGGCCGGGGGAACAUCCCUACCCUUGGCAGUGUGGCGGUGACCAUGGCACUACAUGGCUGUGAUGAGGUGGCAGUCGCAGGAUUUGGCUAUGACAUGAGCACACCCAACGCGCCCCUGCACUACUAUGAGAGCGUGCGCAUGGCAGCCAUCAAAGAGUCCUGGACGCACAAUAUCCAGCGAGAGAAAGAGUUUCUGCGGAAGCUGGUGAAAGCUCGUGUCAUCACUGAUCUAAGCAGUGGCAUCUGAGUGGGCCCACCACAUGGCCAUAGAGGCUCAAGCACCACCAGGAGCAAGCAGAAGCCAGCACCACCUAAACAGGAGUCUUCAGACCCAGAGAAGGACAGUGCCAAGGGCCCCAGGGGCAGCAAGGCCUCGGUGGAGCAGCCAGAGCUAUGCCUACUCAGUAGCCAGCCUCAGAGACCAGCACGCAGCCUCACUCAGCCUGGGUCCUUGACACCAGAGGGCCAGCAGGCUACUGGCUGUGCCCAGCAGGCCUAGCAUGCAGGUGGUGGGACACUGGGCAGCAAGGCUGCUGCUGGAAUCACUUCUCCAAUCAGUGUUUGGUGUAUUAUCAUUUUGUGAAUUUGGGAAGGGGGGAGGGUGGGGAUAAUUUAUUUUUAAAUAAGGUUGGAGAUGUCAAGUUGGGUCCACUUGCCAUGUAGGAAGAGGCCCACUAGAGUACCAGUGAGCUCCCUGUGGGGCAGGAGUGCCAUGACCAGCCUGUACCCUCCUCAAGCCAGCCCCUUCCAGCUCAUGACACUGUUUGGCCUUUCUUGGGGAGAAGAUGGGGUAUUCCCACUCACCAGCCCUAGCUGUCCCAUAGGGAAACCCUGGAGCCAUCCCUUCAGAGCCAACAAGACCACCCCAGGGCUACAGCAGAAAGAGCUUUAAAGCUCAGGAGGGUGAUGCCUGACUCAGCCUGCUGGGAAGAGCUCCCCUCCACCGCUGCAGCUGAUCCAUAGGACUACCCCAGGCCUGGACUCACCAAAUUGCUACAUGUUCUAGGUUUCAGCGACGAGACUGCCAGGUCGUUGGGUUCUGCCUUUAGCCUGGACCAGAGGGAAGUGAGGCCCAAGGACCUUACCCAGGCUGCGGCAGUCGUCCCAGGCCACCCUCGUGGAAGCAAUAAAGCUCUUCCCUGA